AUGAAGCCCGCGACUGGGAGCUCAGUCCAACACGACCCAUCAAAGGAGGCUCGAAUGGAACGUGUAUCCGGUCGUGGCACUCGUAGCCCAUCUCCAAAUUAUUCCCUCUCCGAUGUUUCUGGGCAAUGGACCUCUAUCAACAUGAAAAUCAAAGGAUCGGCCAACAAUCUAACUACUGCUGCCACGGAGCCCAUAAAUCGGACUCCACUUCAACACGAGUCGUCUGUUGAGACUCGGAUGGCACGUGGAUACGCUCAUGGCCCUUUUAGCCCAUCUCCGGAGUAUUUCCGGUCCAAUGUAACAGAGUUGUCCGCGGAGGAUCGAUUGGCACGGAUGCCCGAUCGCGAAAAGCCCAAAAUUCCACUUGGAAUCAAAGGCUUGAUGAUUAGUCAAGAUUAUUGGUGGGACAACACACAAGACGAGGCCCUUAUACACGUUUAUUUUGGGCCUGAGAAAAAAUUUAUCGGCCCCCUCAGGCUAUGUGGCAUAUAUCGUCAUAUCAAGAAGGAUUUGGUUCUUGCUGGAAAAACAACGCAUACUAAACGGGUUGAGGUGUGGUUCAGACAUCUGUGCACUGCUGCUGAAUUUGAACGGCUGUGUGACCCCCACCCUGAUAACAUACAGAGUACCGGAUGGGUUGAAGGCUCCAGAGAGACUAAUGUGAAGCUGUUUCACAUGGCAGAAGAUCUCCGACAAGAUGACCUCAUUGCUAUUUUCUACCCGGCUAAUUCGCAUUCCGCGGUAAAGUGUGCAUGGGUUGCAUGGUCCCAUGGGUCUCCGAGCUUCAACUUCCCUCCGAGGUCGACGAAGGAGUUGCCACUUGAUGUCGAAAUUCCCUUGCUUGUUGCUGCACACGCUAUGCUUCGACCGAUCGAGGUUUUAGGGCCCAGAAUUCCGUACCCUUUCCACGAAAAAUCACAGGAGCCUUCCUUGGAUAGAUCGCUUUCACUCCGCACCGGGAUCUCUGAAGUCAGCAAGAAUGCGGAAACUGAUAAACCAUCGAGACGGUCGAGCUUCCACAAUGAUACAAUUAUGCGUAAAUCUUUCCAGACACAAGAUACAUGGAUGCCGAUUCUGGCACAGGACUCGUCGAUGCAGACUCAGGGUGACUUCUAUUCUCCAACUGAGCCUGUGACCAACGACUCGCUGGUGCGGACUCAGAGUGUCUCUUAUUCUCACUCAUCCGAGUCUGCACCCCAGUAUGAUCCACCAACAUCAAAUUAUCCAACCGUGAAUGUCGAAGCAAAGGCCUUGUUUGAAAGUUACAUGACCGAACAUGGCAUACAAGUGGAAGAACUAGCUACAAUCUAUGGUGACGGCAAGAUCUACAAAGCCCAGUUAUUUUAUCUACACUUUCCCUCGGAUGACGAACUUGUGCAAAAUGAACUGACUGCACUGAGCGUACACUUGCGUUUUCAUGGAAUGACGGUUUCCACAAAUCUUGACCCAGAGGGACUGGCCAAAUUUGUGCAAAAUAGCAGAAUGGGUGUGGUCAUAUUCCACGAAUCAUUCAGCAGAUACGACAAUAUGCAGCCUCCUCUCACCAAGUUGCUUUCCGAAUCUAAGUUCAAUUUCUGGGUGAUGCGUCUCAAUACCCCUCUCCAAUUGAUGGACGAUCGAUAUUGUUCACCCAACGAUCACUGCACACGUAUAUUUCCCAAGCGCGGCCUUCUACUUCUCACCGAAGACAUGUUGAAAGACCUGAAGGGAACAGCCAUCACUCUUCAAUGGAUACGACACCGAUUCAACUCUGGCUCGAACGCGUCGACCCCUUGGCACUUGAUGCUCCCUCCCAGGAUAAUCGAAUGGUUAGAAAGGAGACUUAACGAUGAGCGUUGCUCCAAAGAUCAUGGGCUCCUUGGCCUCGUUAAAGCUUUGAUCAUGCAAUGUAAUGUCUCCGACAUUCGCACGGAAUUGUUCAAGGAAUCUAGCCUCGACCCCGACUCCUCGAGUCUCGUGGUCUCACACCAUGUCUACGGCUAUCGUACUCGCACCGAGCACGAUGAACCGAAAAUAACGGACAAGGUUGAACGCGACGCAGAUCACCUCAUCGAAUUCUUUGGUGGCUGGUCGCUUAUGAACAGGCAACGCUUCCGACACUUCUUUGUUGCCACCUCCAUCGUCGAGCCCGCCGGGGCACGCUGGAAUUCAUGGACCCACAUGAAUGUCAUCCGUGGUGGCUACAGUGACCUGUGGAAACGCUUCAGAUUGGAAAAAUCGGACAUCGACAAUUUCUGGCGCCAACUAUACACUGAUUCCAAAUCGAGCACCAGCCAGCCAUCUACGCCUGUUGCUGCGACUACGCCUCGCACGCCUAACCACUAG